ACUAGAAACUGGAUUCGAACCUGAGACCCUGUCAAUCUCUUCUCCCGCGCGAUUGCCCUAGCUCUUCUUUAAUGGCGGGGCGAUUGAGCGAUCUCAUCCUCGCGGCCACGAAUUCCCCGGGCAAGGAGCUGGAGGAGCCGCUGCUCAAGGCGAUCAAGGCGCUGGUGCGCGCCUCGGAUGACAAUGUCAAGGCGGCGGCAGACCUUCUCAUGGACCGGCUAGGGAAGAAUCACUCCCAGGUCAGGCUUCUCGCUCUGCUGCUCAUCGAUCAGCUCUUUACGCGAUCGAAGCUGUUUCGCGGCCAGAUCGUGGCGGUGCUCGAGAAAUUUAUGGUUCUCUGCCUCGGGCACCGCACCGACCAGCCGCUCCCAGCUCCCGCGGAUCGAGCGGCGCUGCUCAAGGCUAAGGCGCUGGAAAUCGUGGAGAGAUGGAACGAGACGUUUGGGCCUCACUACAAGGAGCUCCAGCUUGGCUACGAAUACUUGAAGUUCACGCUACGUCUCGACUUUCCGGGUGUUCGAGAGGCCGCGAAUCGAGCCGAGGAAGAAAAGAAUGCCAGGGACAGGCGCACGCAAGAUCUUCUCCGGUGCCGGCUGCUCCAACUCACGGAGAAUUUCCCUGGCUUGAGGAGAGAUCUCGAGUCGACGAUGAGUCAGCUGGAAGAAUGCUUUGCCAUCUUGAGCGAGGAGGAGGAGGUGGUCCAGGACGAGGAUGGAUUUUUGGAGGUGGACAAAGAUGAAGAGGACAGUAGUGAGGUGUUUGGGAUCCAAAGCUUGCGGUCCAUGCGUGAUCAAGAGGAAUUGAUGGUCACGGAAUCUCGCGACAACGAGGCCAUUUUCGACAUGGCCCGGGAUUUGCUCAAGUUGGUGACAACAAGACAUCUUCCAGCAGCGCAGGAAUGGCUGUCGGUUUUGAUGCGAGUCGACCCGGAAGAUCGACAAAGCCGGGAUGCUCUCAUGAAGGAGGUGAUCGACUUGAGGAACCGCCUGGUGGUCUUAAAGGAUAAGUGUCAGGAGCUCGGGAUUGUCGAGGUGGCCAAAUCCAAAACCACCACUGACGACGAUGUGGAAUGGGAAGAAGAAGAGAUAUUUGACAGGAGCAAGCUGGAUGGUCCACGACACAAACUAGAGCAAGAACGAGAACGAGAACGAGAACGAGAACGGGAACAAGGUGGCGAAAUCAGAAAGAGUUCCUCACCUCAGGCUACAGCAACAGGAACGGCUUCGUCAUCUAACGCAACCAUGUCCGAGCUUAAGCAGAAGCUGUUUGAGGAGGCUCCCGUGCUGCCGUGGGGAUCGUUUCUCGACGCCUGGGGCUCCGACGCUGCUGUUCCUGCAAACAACAGGGGACUGGUUCUCGACAACCACUGGGGAAGAGUGGAUCCGGACGCUCUCAUCUCUACCGAGAAGAUGGCGGAGAUGCAAGUGAGAGCAUCGUACUACCAGCCUUUAAAGUCGGAGUUACGUCCUUGCUCGGCACCGCUGAGGAAUGGAGGCCUUUGCCAGAGACGAGACCUCCGAAAGUGCCCGCUUCAUGGCACAAUAAUUCCGCGGGACGAUAGAGGCAAUCCUCUCGAGGAGAAAAGGGCUGUCGAAGCCAAGGGGAAGGAGAAGGCGGCGGUCAGUCCGGCAGCUUUGGCUGCUCAAGCCGUGAGGAACGUGAGAGGCAGGGAUGAAGCCAAAAGGAAACAGAAUAAACUUUUGCGACAGUCUCAAGCCAGGACAGACAGACAACACAACGAGGCGGUGCUGAGAACUGCCGCGCUUGCUCACGACACGCAGACGAUUGAAGCAGGCCUAGAGAGGAAAAGCCUGGAUGAAGAAACGCCAAAGAAACGAAAAGGUGGUCUCAGCGCUAUGCUCCGUAAGAAGGAGACUCCAAAAGACAGAAUUGCCAGGAGACUACUGCGCGGCCGGGCAGUGGACGCUAUGGUCGCCAACAUAGCUCGAGACGAGGAUGCCAAGUACAGGGAGUCUUUCCCAAAUCAGUGGUGAUUCCACUCGGAAGCUGGCGCCGCUGAUUCCCGCUUUGAACAGUCCUGCUGGAAGACUUUUGCUGGCAGUCUGGGACGAGCUUUACAACUGGACAUCAUCAAAGCAAAGCUGAGCAAAGGAAAAGAAAAGAAAAGAACGAGUCAUCCGCAGCUCGAAAAGAGAGUUAAAUUGUUCGAAGGAAGAAGACGAAAAUCGAAGCAGCCUGUCUUUAUAGA